UAUCUUCAAUACUUUAUUAUGAAAACUUAUCAGCACCAUUAACUACUCAAGACAUGUAUUUGUCUAUAUAAAUUAUAAUGUGCAUGUAUAUUUAGUGAAGAACAACAUAUUGAUUGAAUUCCUUAAAGAAACCAAACGGUUUUACACUUCAUAUAUAUACAGUAAAAUACAUAUUUAGUGACAAGACGAUUCUAUUAUACUUGUUAUAUAUGGGGAGGGGAAGCAGCAAAAACAGAGUUAUCUCAAGUACGGUAAUAAUUCUGAGCACCAUCAUCGCCAACCUACUCCUCUCUGCUACCACCGCAACGGCGUUCUCCUUAUGGCCGUACCACCAUGUACACGUCACCAACGAGCUCACCGGCGGUAAGGUGUUGCUUGCCCACUGCAAGUCCGCCACCAGCGAUCUCGGGGUCCAGGAGAUCGCCCCUACCAAAGAGUUUACGUGGCGGUUCAGGCCGGGGUUUGCCUUCGUGUCGACUCUCUAUUGGUGCUACGUGGCCCCCGACGGCAGCCACCACCUCCGUUUUGAUGCGUGGACGGAUCACGUCGCCGGAAUGUACGAGUACGAUCGCAACAUGUACUGGGUCGCUAAAGACGACGGACUCUAUGUUAGAGUUCCGACACGUGGCGAUCUGUGUUGGCUAAAAUGGGAUCAAGGGAGGAUGGAACAAGAAGAAAAUAAAAUUCUUUGACUCUUUUUAAUUAAAUCAUUAAUUAAGGGGAAUGAUUUAAUCUCAUGUUAAUAUCUCAAAUAAUUGUUUCGGAACUGCCGAGAUUGAAAUUGUAACAGUUUAUGAAUCAUAAUGAAGCAUUUGGUAGUUUAUUCUUAUCAUAUGGUUGUUAGCCCUCGAAGGAAAGGUGCAUGUGGCCAUGUGGGGUCAAUAUUGACCUUUUAUAUUACCGCUGGCUAUACCAAUCUUAAGAGUCCAUUUUUCUUUAAGCCAAAGAAUUACUUUUCCAUAAGAAACAACAUUCAAAUAAUCAAUACGGGCUAUACGGUCCGGUUCGGUUAAAUUGGGCUGAAUUUAUCCGAUUUUGGUCCGGUCUUUUCGAGAAUAUAAGGACCAAAGAUUA